GUGACGUCACACAGCCUCCGCCCUCUGUCCGCCGCUUUGCUGCAUCAUCAGGUCAGCAGCUGCCGCCGGGCUGAGAGCGCCCGACCCCCACCCGGAGCCCGCCACGCCCGACCCCCGCCGCCCCGAGCCCGCCAUGGCCAAAACGGAGCAGGUGCUGCUACUGGAGCCGCAACAGGAGCUCAAAUUCCGAGGGCCCUUUACAGAUGUUGUUACAACAACCCUGAAACUCACCAAUCCCAUAGAGAAAAAAGUCUGCUUCAAAGUGAAGACCACAGCUCCUCGCAGGUACUGUGUGCGGCCAAACAGCGGGCUCAUCGAGGGGGGCUCCUCCGUCAAUGUUUCUGUGAUGCUCCAGCCUUUCGACUACGACCCCAAUGAGAAAAGCAAACACAAAUUCAUGGUGCAGUCGAUGGUCGCGCCGUCGGACACCACCGAUAUGGAAGCAGUUUGGAAAGAGGCCAAGCCGGAGGAGCUCAUGGAUUCCAAACUGCGCUGUCAGUUUGAGCUCCCGUCAGAGAAUGAGAAGACUCACGAGGGAGAGAUAAACAAGGUUAUCUCUAACACGGUAACAAAGACCGAAUCAUCCACUCUGUCCAAAUCGAUAAGCUCCAAUUUAGAUGAUGGAGAGUAUAAGAGAUUGCUAGAUGACCACAAGCGGCUGCAGACUGAAAUCCAGAGGCUACGAGAAGAAAAUAAGCAGGUUAAGGAGGAAGAUGGACUGAGAAUGAGAAAACCUCAAACGGCAAAUAAUCCUCUGUCUUCAUCAUCCACCCUGGCGAAAGAGGAGGGUUUAAACACUCGGAUACUUGCCCUCAUCAUCUUGUUCUUCAUUAUUGGUGUAAUUGUGGGGAAAGUGGCCUUGUAAAUGGAGCAUGUAAAAUACAGAAAUCAUACUGUCAAUGGUGUAGCCAUAUCAAGAAAGUUUAAAUUUAACAAUGUUAACAAUGUUUUAAAAGGAGAGAAAAUAUAAAACAUUUCACAGUUCUCGCCUUCAAGUACCUCCCUGUGCAAUUAUACCGUCCGCUUCUGACGUCACGUCCUCACAGUAUGAUCCAUUAGCUCGAAUAACAGACAUCAUGAUUAAUAAUUUAACAUCGUACUGUCUAAUGUUAUUUUAAUGAAGAAGAAAACACAUUUUUAACCUCUGGGAAUGUGUUGCUGGGUUAUAUCUUUUAAAAAAAACAAAAACAAAAAAAAUGAGAAUAAUACUCUGCACUGAUCUGCCCCCCUCCCUGGUGGUAAUAGAUGGUAGCUUAUUGUUUCCAGAUUAUAUACAUAUAUGAAUAUAUUAAUCAUACAUGCUGCUUAUAAAUGAUGUCUCCUUGUUUGUCCACCUCUUGAACCCUGGCCUCACGCAGUUGUUGCCCUCAUUCCCGACUUCAGUUUUGUAGAAGUUCUGCCCGGUGCACAGAGGGGAUAUUUUGGUUUGUGGGUUUCUUAGUUCCAACGGUUCUAUAUCAAUGGUUACAAGUUGUUCGGUUUAGGUGAUGCUUUGCAAGACUUUAUGAACAUGGACUGUUUCUUGCUCCAGGUUGGCAUGGUAGAUAAAGCAGACCGUAUCUGGUAAUGUUUAAGUAUUGAUAUGAAGAAACAAACACCACUUUUUUUUUUUUUUUUUAAGGGACCAAGCAACACUAAAUUCAUGUUUCUCUUGUGCAGUGAGAUAAAAGGAUUCUUCUAUCAACAGGUUAAACACGCUCCUGUCCUACCUUGUGUUAAAACUGGACAAUAUAAACACACGUGGGUGCGUGCAAUAUAAAUAUGUGUAUCUAAUAGAUGUCUUGAGUUGCUUUUUGUAGUAACACAUCUGUACACUCUUCUGCUGAAAAGAACUCCUGAAUAUUUUGCAUGCGGGGAUGUAAGAAUAAGAUAAAAAUGACAUUAAUCCUGAAAGCCUCCCUUCCAGGCAAUAGACCAGUAUUUGUGAUUCUGUGCAGCUCUUUGCAAAGGCACUAGGUGGUGCUAUUGCUUUUUAAGACCUUCUGCCUAGAUUGUCUUAUUUUUUUUUUUGCUUAUGUCUCACCUGUUUAUGCAUGAAGAUGAUUGACAGAAAACAUUAAAUACCACUUGGGAUAUUCACUAAAUUACGAAUUGUUGAGAAUUGAACAGGGAAUUGUGAAUCGUUAGAGCAAAAUGGAACUUGAAAGCUAGCACAGUUUAAAAAAAGGUUUUCUAGCUAAUUUAUUUUGAUCUAAAAUUAGCUUUUCCCUUUUGCGUUCUUCACAAUUCCCAGUUUAGUAAAUAUGCCCUGAGCAUGCUCCUCACUGUAAUAAAUUGGGAACUCCAGGGUGCGAGAGAUUCCAAGUUAUAAUAUUAGCUUUGUCUCCAUAUUUUCCUCUUUGUGAAAAUGAAUAGUAAGAAUUGAAAUCCCCUCCCCUACUAUUUAGAUUCUGGCCCUGUAUGUAAUAUAGCAGGUAUCCUGUAAUCUGCUUUAUUGCUUUAACAGCUGUACCCACGAGUGUUUCCCAGCUCCUGUCUUCCACUUUCUAGAUCUCUUCACUUUGUGCUGGUUUGCACAUCUAAAUUAUAUCUGGGGAUCAGGAUUGUGGUACCGGGCUUCCUUCACAGUGUCGUUUUAUUAAGUUCUCCUGUGCCAAAAGCUUCACGCUAAGUUCAGGCUUGCUUGUUUUUAUAUGUAUUCAUGGGACGAGUCACAGGGAGGGGGCAGUUCUGGUCAUUUCAUACCUGGGGAGAGAAGAGAUUUCUGACGAUCAAUCAUUAGCUGACUGUCUGAGGAGCAGCCUUGUCACGGCUCGGGCGAUAUGUAGGACAAGUUUGUUGUUCGUUCUAAGCAAACUGUUUAGUCUUCUUACAAAAGUUAGGGUUGUCCACACCCUCUUCCAAAAUUAAAAUAUUAAAGAAAAACUAAGAUUUGGA